AUGGAGUCAUUUACUCCGCUCGUUUCUGAUUCAACAUCCCAUGUGAUGGGUGAAGCUGAAAUAGGGCCACCUGCGGACUUGGAGGAUAACGAGCAGCUCUAUAUCGUCAGAUUCACGAGAGAAGCAUUUCGCAAUUACGAGGACUAUCUUUCCGCCAUUCGACGCUAUAAGCAGCGUAUAUGGACGUGCACCGAGACGGGUCAGAGCGGGUUGACUUACGAAGAGGCACUCAGUAGCGAGACAGAGGCGGUUGAGGGGAAGAAGCGCCUGAAGCAGUCGGGUUACAGGGAUCUGCCGGACUGGUUUCACAAGAUCGCCAUCCCUAUCGUGCACAAAAGCAAGCUGAGCAAGGGUGCACUUGUAACGGCGAUUCAAGACGCUCAAGCCGAAAGAGGCAGUUCACGCUCCUCAACUUCCACCCCCUCUGGUCUCGCUCUCCCUCUGACACCCUCUUCCCUCCCUCUCACUGCUUGCAGCGACCACAUAGGCAAGAAGCCGAUAAGCGCAUGGCUCACCCGCUUUGCCUCUCGCAGCCUGCUGCAGGACAACGAGUGGACCGUUGCUAGUGACCUGCGCUCCCAAUAUGGAUUUGCGAAGAGUCCUGGGAAGGGCAGGGGGAAGGGACGGGGAAAGGACGGAGAGGCAGGCGGGGUGGAUGGUGGUGGUGGUAGUGGUGGUGGAGAGGGGCGGAUGGGAGGGGUGGGAGCAGAAGGAGAGUCGAGAAAACGGAAGGCCUCGGUGGAAAAUGGUGUGGAGAAGGGUGUUGCAGGGGCGCAGAAGCAGCAGAAGAGGGGGAAGGAGGAGGAGGGUGGAGGUGGAGUGGUGGCGACAGGCGGAGAGGAGGGAGAGGGAGCUGCUUCCACAGGGAAAUGCCAUGUGUGCAAGCGCAAGGUCCACAAGGACAAUGCGCCUCUGCUCUCGUGCACCACCUGCCCGCGCGCCUUCCACCUGCUCUGCAUGCUUCCUGCCAUGCUGCCUCCAGCGGCACAGCUAUCAGAGUCACAACCCACCACAGUGACAACCCAAGUGUCACAAGCCCAAGGGUCGCAGCCUCACACUCCCUCUCCCGCACCCGGCCUCACACUCACUCUGCCUCAACGACCCCCACGCCCCACUCCCAUACUGGCUGAAAUUGCCCUGGGCCUUGACGCGCCUCUGGAUCUCUGCCUGUGGGGGAAACUCCAGCGGCAAGGGGGGAUACACCCUGGUGCUGGUGGGUCUGAUGCGGUGGAGAGAGCUGCACAGGAUGGGGAGGAGGAGGAGAAAGAGGAGGUCAGGAAAGAGGAAGAGAAGGAGGAGGGGGACAAAGACGAACAGAAGGAGGAUGCUGAUGUUGAUGCUAUUAUUGACCACAUGGUCGAUGCUGACAUGGCGAAACGACGCACCGCCAUUGGCCCUUGUCUUCUCAAGUCACCCCAACUCGAGGCUCCCAAUCCCUGGGACAACCAAAAGAAACCGCAGCUUCUUCUGGUGCCAGGCAAUGCAUCCAUGCCCAGCUCUCUUGGUGCCGAAUCCAACCAAUCCACUCUCCUGCUACCCCAAUGCAUGGAUCUCCCAAUUUCGCCUAAUCUCCAGCUGCCCCAUUCCAAGGGUUACACUCUCCUGCUACCCCAGUCUAUGGGCGACGUGCUACAGGUCUUCCAGUUUCACCGGGAGUUCACCCGUUUCGCCAGGAUUUCCCCCGUCCCCCUCCGCAAGCUCGCGCGCGCUCUUGCACAAGCGGACGAAGAGCCCGGGUGGCUGGUUUUGUCCGACCUGCACGUUGGGCUGUUCAAGGCGCUGCUGAAUCUGGGCGGCGGGGAGGUGCCGGGCGGGCACGAGGGGAUUGGCGUGAGUCAGAGGGUUCUGGACCGGUGGAAGAGGCUUCUGAACGCUGCCACGUGGCAGGAGAUCAUUCGCAGGUAUCUCAUCAGGGCGAGCCCCAUCCCUCCUCUCCUCGCUGUCAUCGCCCACGCGCUCUUCUCCUGGCCUGCACUGGGCCUGCCCCCUGGUCUGCACGUGUGUGUGCUCUCCCUCCUGCUCUCUGACCUGCUAGAAGCUGAGGAGACGCGUGAGAUGCUCGCAGAGAACAUGGAGGCCGGGAUUGAGCUGGGGAAGAAAAGGAGCGUUGAGGUGCUGGAGGAGAGGCGGGUGCGGAAUGAGGAGGUGAAACGGCAGCAGGAGGAGCAGCGGGUGGAGAGGGAGAAGCGGGAGAAGGAGAGGAAGGAGAGGGAGGAGAAGGAAAAGGCGAAGGGGAAGGGGGAGAAGGAGGAGGGAAAGGAGGAAGGAGGCAAAGGGAAAGGGAAAAAGGGGAAGGAGGAGAAAGAGAAGGAGACUGAGAAGGAGAAGGGGAGUGAGAAGGGGAGUGAGAAAGGGAGUGAGAAAGGGAGUGAGAAGGGGGAGUGUGAUACAGAUGAGGAGGUGGAGUUUUUGUUUGCAGUGCCAGAGGAAGUGAGGGAGUAUAGGGGCGACCCCAUGGACAGGAAGGCAGUGUUGGCUCAUAAAGAGAAGCUUCGGCAGGAGGAGGAGCGCAUGGGCAGAUUGAAGAGCGAGUACAUCCGACGGAAGGAGGCAGAGAAGCGAGCAGUAGAGAGGGCACGGACCGAGGUGGAGAGAAGGCGCAUGGCUCAGGAGAGAAAGCGGGAGGAGGAGUGGAAGAAGCGGGAGGAUGCAUUCGAAAAGGAGAUGGCGCGUCUAGUGGUUCGAACAGUCCCCCUGGGGUUGGAUAGGCACUAUAACCGGAAUCGGCCUGACUCUCGUUCUCCUGCUGCUGCUGCUGCUGAAACUUCCAUGGCUGAAACAGCAGCAGCAGAAGCAGGAGCAGAAGCAGAAACAGGAAAGGCAGGAAAGGAAGGAGGAGAAAAGGGAGGAGAAGAAAAGGCAGGAGCAGAGGCAGGAGGAGUCAAACCAGUCAAGGGAGUCAGCAGUGAGCGCGUCCAGCUGGCGCGCCAGGUGGCAGCGCUACGGCGCCUGCUGCUGUGCGCUGAGGUGGCGGCUUUCAAGCUAUAUGAGGAGGGGGAGGAGGGAGAGGAGGAGGAAGAGGAAGAGGAGGAGGAGGAGGAUGAUGCAGCAACAGUGAGUGAAGCGGAGGAGCAUGAGGAGGAGGAGGGGCUCAAGGGGCCGUCUGCGUCGCGCUGCUUGUGGCGGUCGAGACGAGUGCGUCGCGUGUGGAGGAGGGAGGUGAUGGGUGCUCGUACACUCGGCGCUCUCACUUACCUCGCUGCAUCUCUCGGGGAACGAUGCAAUGCCCUUGAUGCUUCCAAGCUUCAGACGGAAAAGCAUGUGGGGGCAGGAGGAGUAGGAGGGGAGGCUGUAGCAGGGGAGAUGGUGCGGUGUGCGGCGGUGCAGUGCGGUAAGGCGUUUCACCCCGUGUGUGCGGGGUUAAGGCGAAUGGCUGCUAAAGCUGCUUGGUUCUGCCCUGAGUGCAGGCAGGGGUGGAAAAACCAAGGCAGGCGGAAGGGAGGGGAUGGGCCGAGGGGUAAGGGUGGGAAGGCUGAUAAGGAUAAGAUGAUGGGUGGGAAGGAUGGAGAGGGUGUGGGGCGAAGGGGUAGGAAGCGUGGGCGAGGGGAGGAUGUGGAAGAGGAGGAAGAAGAGGAGGAAGAGGAGGAGGAGGGCAUUGGGAAGCGGAGUCGUAGUGGGGAAGAAGAGGGAGAUGGGGGGGAGGACGAGGAGGAAGGAGAGGAGGAUGAAGAGGGAGAGGAGGACGAGGAGGAAGAGGAGGAUAGUGCGGAUGAAAGGACAGUCCUGAGGAGGAAGAGAGGAAGAGAGGAAGAGGAAGAUGAGGAGGAGGGAGAGGAUGAGGAUGAAGAAGAGGAGGAGGGUCAAGAGGAUAGUGAGGAGGAAAGGGAAGCGCGCGGAAGGAGCAGCAACAAAAAGAUGGGAACCAAAGUUAAAGGAGGAGUUGGUGGUGCUGCCAGUAAUGCCCGUGCUAAGAAACCGCGCAGGGAAAAAGAGGAGGACGAGGAGGAAGAGGAUGAGGAGGAAGAAGAAAGGGAGGAAGAAGAAGAGGAAGAGGGGGGCGAGGGGGAAGAGGAAGAGAGCGAGGAUGAGAGUGAGGAGAGUGAGGAGAGUGUGGAGGAUAGGAGAGGAAGUCGUGGGAAGAAAAGCAAGGGGAAGCUUCUCAUUAAAGGGAAGGGCCGGAGUGGUGGUGCUGUUGAUGCAACAAGAGAUGGGGAAUUGCGGAAGAGAAAAGGUGCAGAGAUGGAAGAGGAAGAGGAGGAGGAGGAGGAUGAGAGUGAUAGGGAUAGUGAGGACGAUUGGAAGGUGGAAGGAUGGGAUAACAAUGGAAAGAUCGAGAUUCGUAUCGGGAGAAGCAGCAAGGGAAGGAAGAAAGCGCAGAUGAAGAGGAGGAAGAAGGAUUGUGAGGAGAAGGAAGAGGAUGAGGAAGAAGGGAGUGAGGAGGAGGAGGAGGAGGAGGAGGAGGAGGAGGAGGAGGAGGAGGAGGAGGAGGAGGAGGAGGAGGAGGAGGAGGAGGAGGAGGAGGAGGAGGAGGAGCAGGAGGAAGAGAGUGAGGAGGAUGAGGAGGAAGAGAGUUCAGAAGGUGAUGGUACUGUUUCGUUGAGAGGGAAGAAGAUGGAGGGUAGGGGAGGGAAAAACGUUGGGAGACAGGGAGGCGGGAAGGUGCAAGGGCAGAGGUCGGUGUCAAGUCAAGAAAAGCCGGCCAAAGGGAAGGUGAGCCGAGAAACGCUGACCCAAGUAAAGCGGGCUCAGGAGACAAAGACUCCUGAACAGCCAGCUCUUGUGGUGGUAGGAGCAAGAGGAGUGACUUUUGAGUCGACUCAAAAGUCAUCCCAAGUGAAGCAGGCCCAAAAGACGAAGAAGACUCCAGAACAGCCGGCUCUUGUGGUGGUAGGAGCGAGAAGGGUGACUCGUGGCAUAGCUGAAAACAGCAGCAAGGGGAGGAGAGUGAAAGAGGAGGAUGAGGAAGAAGAAGGGGAUGAGGAGGAUGAAGUGGAAGAGGAGGAAGAUGAGGAAGAGGAGGAAGGGAGUGAAGAAGAAGAGGAGGGGGAGGAGAGCAGUGAGGAGGAGGAAGGUGCAGGCAGCGUUGGUGGGAAGAAGGUGGGUGAUGGGAAGAGGGUGGGUGACGGGCGUGGGACGGGGAAGUUGAAGGCGGAUGGAGGCAAACUCAAAGUGGCUUCAGCAGGCAGGGCAUUGGGAGAGAUAGAACGUGAUAUGUUGUGGUAUGGGACAUUGCAUGUUGAUUGGGGCAUGGAAGAGAGGGGGAGACUCUUGAGUCGGAAAGUCACUUUGGUUGAGGUGCGCAAGAGAAGGGAUGGCGACAAGAUGUAA